CCGGCGGGCAGCGGUGGCCUCGGGGACCGAUGGACUAGGGGCCGCGCGGGGAGUGCAGCGCCGAGAGGAAGCCCGGGCCGGAUCCGGGGGGCAGCUCGGGUGUGGCGGGGUCUGCACACCCGCAGGGGAGUCAGCCCAGGGCUCGCAGCUCGGGAUCGGGGCCGGGUGAAGGCUAGGACCUCGCGCCAAGGUGGGAGUUGGAGAAGCCUUGAGGUGUGUUUCCCGUGUGCCCCCGCCCGAAGGCAAUUUAGGGAAUUCGUUCUUCCCGGAGCUCACGAGCAGCUAGAGCACCGACCCGGGGAGAAGGGCGGGACUAAGGCGGGCUCUUGGCAGGCGGCCAAUGGGCGCCGCCCCCGCAAGGCCACGCCCCGACAAGACCACGCCCCCGCACCCGUCCGGAGCGCACGGACUCGGAGGCUUAGCCCCGGCUCCGGACGGGCGGUCUAGGCGCUGUGGCCAUGCCUGGCGGCGCCUUAGUGGCUGUCCUGCGACCCGCGCAGCCCCGGUAGACGAAGCCCCGGGCCCGGCCGGCCCGGCCAUGCAGCUGGAGACGCAGGACGCGCUGUACGUGGCACUGGAGCUGGUCAUCGCCGCUCUGGCGGUGGCGGGCAACGUGCUGGUGUGCGCCGCGGUGGGCGCCUCGAGUGCUUUGCAGACUCCCACCAACUACUUCCUGGUGUCUCUGGCGGCGGCCGACGUGGCCGUGGGACUCUUCGCCAUCCCCUUCGCCAUCACCAUCAGCCUGGGCUUCUGCACGGACUUCCACAGCUGCCUCUUCCUCGCCUGCUUCGUGCUGGUGCUCACACAGAGCUCCAUCUUCAGUCUCUUGGCUGUGGCAGUCGACAGGUAUCUGGCCAUUCUCGUCCCGCUCAGGUAUAAAAGUUUGGUCACUGGAACCCGAGCAAGAGGGAUCAUUGCUGUCCUCUGGGUCCUUGCCUUUGGCAUUGGAUUGACUCCGUUCCUGGGUUGGAAUAGUAAAGACAGUGUCACCAGCAACUGCACAGAACUUGGGGAUGGAAUCAUGAAUAAGAGCUGCUGUCCUGUGAGGUGUCUCUUUGAGAAUGUCGUCCCCAUGAGCUACAUGGUGUAUUUCAAUUUCUUUGGGUGUGUCCUUCCUCCACUGCUCAUAAUGUUGGUGAUCUACAUCAAAAUCUUCAUGGUGGCCUGUGAGCAGCUUCAGCGCAUGGAACCGAUGGACCACUCCAGGACCACUCUGCAGCGAGAGAUCCACGCCGCCAAGUCACUGGCUAUGAUUGUAGGCAUUUUUGCGCUGUGCUGGCUGCCAGUGCAUGCCAUCAACUGUGUUACUCUUUUCCAUCCAGCUCUUGCCAACGCUAAGCCCAAGUGGAUGAUGAAUGUUGCCAUCCUCCUGUCACAUGCCAACUCAGUUGUCAAUCCCAUUGUAUAUGCCUACAGGAACCGAGACUUCCGCCACACUUUCCACAGAAUCAUCUCCAGUUACGUUCUCUGCCAGACAGACACCAAAGGUGGGAGUGGGCAGGCCGGGGCACAGUCUGCUCUCAGUCUGGGCCUAUGACCUAGGCUCUGGCCUUUUGCAGAAGAAGGCUUAAAAUAAACAAUGGGACUCGACACAACUGGCUGGUUCUCACUGUGAAAGACAGCUACACCUCCCAAGCAGAUGAGCUGCUUCUUCUGAGUACUUACCUGGAGUUACCCAAGUCUAGCUAAGAUGCACAUGCAAUCAGUAGCCUCCAAGGUUAACAAAUACAUGGGUGGAUCUACUCAGCUGCUCUACUGUGUGGGUGAUGGCAGUGGUUUGAAUUGAUUCCCAAAGACGUUUUUAUUUCUAAGAAUCUGCCUCAUUCAUGGUAGAAAAUGACUGAAGCUUACCUUACUGUGAAGCACUGUGAACUAUUAUAGUAAAGUAUUUUUCACUUACAGCAAUGGAAAAAAAGUUGGCUGUACUAAUGUAUAUAUACUAAUGUAUACUUGUCCCCAGGGCAGCAACCCAGAAAACUGAAGUAUAAUUCAGAUAUUUUUGUAUUAAUUUAGGGAAUGAUAUUCUCCUAAGUUUUGGAGUAGAAUUGUAAUUAAAAAAACAAUUUAAGUUCAGUAUUUUCCAUGUACACAAAAUACCAGAGGUGGAAACUGGAGAAAUGGAGUCCCUCCUCGACUGGAAUCCUGCUUCUAGACCUAGGUACUGGGGUUGCUUCUCUCCCAAGUUAAAAUUUAUUGGAGCCCACAGUGUGAAAAUUUUACUAAGCAAAAACAUCUGUCUACUAUAGUCAGUGAAAUAAAACUGUGAAAAGCA